AUGGCCGCAAACCUCCCGUCCGCGAUGGACAUCGACGAGACGGCCAUCGACGAAGGCCUCUACUCGCGGCAGCUCUAUGUUCUUGGCCAUGAAGCGAUGAAGCGGAUGGCGGCUUCGAACAUCCUCAUCGUAGGGGUACAAGGAUUGGGCGUCGAAAUAGCUAAGAACGUCUGUUUGGCUGGUGUCAAAUCCGUUACCAUCUUCGAUCCCGAACCCGUCAAGAUCCAGGACUUGAGCACACAGUUUUUCCUUCGUGAGGAGGAUAUUGGCAAAUCCCGUGCUGCAGUGACGGUCCCCCGACUGGCUGAACUCAAUGCAUAUGUGCCUGUCCGCGACCUUGGAGGACAGCCUGGUCAAGAGAUCACCGUUGAUAUGAUUCAGGGAUUCCAGGUCGUUGUCUUGUGCGGCGUCCCAAUCGCGAAGCAGCUGGAGAUCAACGACUGGACACAUAAGAACGGAGUCCACUUUAUUGCUGCUGAGACACGUGGUUUGUUUGGUUCGGCCUUCAAUGACUUUGGCCCAAAAUUCACCUGCGUGGAUCCCACUGGCGAACAGCCGCUGACCGGCAUGAUCGUUUCGGUCGAGAAGGACAAGGAAGGCCUUGUCACGACUCUUGACGAGACCCGGCACGGCCUCCAAGAUGGAGACUUCGUGACCUUCAGUGAAGUUCAGGGUAUGGAGGAGCUCAAUGGCUGCGAACCCCGGAAGGUCACCGUCAAAGGCCCGUACACGUUCACCAUCGGAGACACAUCGAAUUUCGGCGAUUACAAAACCGGUGGUAUCUUCACGCAAGUCAAGAUGCCGAAGAUUCUUGAGUUUAAAUCCCUUCGAGAGUCUCUCAAAUCGCCGGAAUACUUCAUUACUGACUUCGCUAAGUGGGAACGACCAGCUACCCUUCACGCGGGUUUCCAAGCUUUGUCAGAGUUCCGCGUGCAGAACGGCCGCCUUCCUCGCCCUCGCAACGCUGAAGACGCGGCACAAAUUCUAGCUUUGGCGAAGAAGCUGGAGCAAGAAGUAGACGAGAAGGUCAUCACCGAACUGGCCUACCAGGCGUCUGGAGACGUAUCUCCUAUUAUCGCCGUCAUGGGAGGCUUCGUUGCUCAAGAAGUUCUGAAAGCCUGUUCCGCCAAAUUCCAUCCUAUGGUGCAGCAUAUGUACUUUGACUCAUUGGAGUCUCUCCCUGCUACUGCUCCCACGGAGGCAGAUUGCCAACCCAUCGGUUCCCGUUACGACGGCCAGGUGGCCGUCUUCGGCAAAGUAUUCCAGGACAAGAUCGCCAACUUCCGCGAGUUCUUGGUGGGUUCCGGCGCUAUUGGUUGUGAAAUGUUGAAGAACUGGAGCAUGAUGGGUCUCGGUGCUGGGCCCAGGGGCAUUAUCCAUGUCACUGACUUGGACACGAUCGAGAAGAGUAACCUGAACCGACAGUUCUUGUUCAGGGCCAAGGAUCUCGGGAAGUUCAAGGCUGAGGUUGCCGCGGCCGCGGUAGCGGCCAUGAACCCUGACCUGAAGGGACACAUUUUAAGCAAGCAGGAGCCUGUCGGUCCCGAUACAGAAAAUGUCUACGGCGACGAAUUCUUCGAUGGCAUUGACGGCGUCACAAAUGCACUGGAUAAUGUGAAAGCUCGUCAGUACAUGGACCAGCGCUGCGUCUUCUACUUGAAGCCAUUGCUGGAGUCUGGGACCCUUGGAACGAAGGGCAACACGCAAGUCAUCGUACCUCACUUAACGGAAUCUUACUCAUCAUCGCAAGACCCACCGGAGAAGGAGACCCCUUCAUGCACUGUCAAGAACUUCCCCAACGCUAUCCAACAUACCAUUGAGUGGAGUCGUCAAGAAUUUGACAACUUGUUUGUCAAGCCUGCACAGUCGGUGAACUCGUACCUGUCCGAGCCCAACUACUUGGAAAGUACGUUGAAGUACUCUGGCCAGCAGAAAGAGCAGCUGGAACAGCUAGUGUCAUUCCUCGUGACGAACAAGCCUCUGACAUUCGAGGAGUGUAUUGUGUGGGCGAGGCUGCAGUUCGAAGAGAAAUUCAACCACAACAUCCGACAGCUGCUGUAUAGUUUGCCCAAGGAUGCCGUUACCAGCACGGGUCAGCCGUUCUGGAGUGGGCCCAAGCGAGCGCCCGAUCCGUUGAACUUCGAUUCCAACGAUCCUCAACACCUCGCCUUCAUUAUCGCCGCAGCUAACUUACACGCCUACAACUACGGGUUACGAGGGGAGACAGACCCAGCAAUCUUCAAAAAGGUGGCCGACUCCGUCGUUGUGCCAGAGUUCACUCCCAAGAGUGGUGUCAAGGUUCAGAUCAAUGACAACGAUCCCGCACCGGAGGGUGGCAACACCGAUUCCGGUGAUGCGUCCGAACUUGUCAAGAAGCUCCCGGCACCAUCGUCUUUGGCUGGUUACCGUCUCAGCCCUGUGGAGUUCGAAAAGGAUGAUGACACCAACCAUCACAUCGACUUCAUCACAGCUGCUUCCAAUUUGCGGGCGAUGAACUAUCACAUCCAGAUAGCCGAUCGGCAUACAACAAAGCAAAUUGCCGGAAAGAUCAUCCCAGCCAUCGCCACUACGACGUCCUUGGUCGUGGGGCUCGUCUGCCUGGAGCUGUACAAGCUGAUUGACGGGAAGGACAAGUUGGAAGAUUACAAGAACGGUUUUGUCAAUCUCGCUUUGCCCUUCUUCGGUUUCUCAGAACCGAUCGCUGCGAAGAAGAAUAAGUACGGCUCGACGGAGUGGACCCUCUGGGAUCGAUUCGAAUUUAAGGGUGACCCAACCUUGAAGGAGGUCAUCGACUGGUUCAAGAAAGAGUUGAAUCUGGAAGUCGGUAUGGUCAGUCAAGGCGUGAGCAUGCUAUGGAGUUCGUUCAUUGGCAAGAAGAAGAGCGACGAGCGGUUGCCAAUGAGAUUCAGCAAGUUGGUGGAGCAUGUCAGCAAGAAGCCUAUACCACCUCACGUGAAGCACCUCAUAGUGGAAGUAAUGGUUUCGGAUGAGAAUGACGAGGACGUUGAGGUACCGUUCAUUGUCGUCAGGAUUUAG